GCCUGGCAGAGGCGCGAGGCCCUUCUCCCGCCUCUCCGCCUACUCCAGCCUCCGCCGCCUCAGCUUCCCGAGCGAGCCCUGCGGCCGCCGGAGCAGCUCCCGCGGCGGAGCAGGAGCCGGAUGGUCAGAGGAGCCCGGCAGCCCCAGCAGCCGCGGAGUCGCCUUGCCCCUAGACUGACUGGCACAGUGGAGAAACCACCUCGAAAACGGAAAAGCAGGACUGAAUUUGCUCUUAAAGAAAUCAUGUCGUCUGGAGGUGCUGAAGAUGACAUCCCGCAAGGAGAGAGGAAAACGGUUACAGAUUUUUGUUACCUUCUGGAUAAAUCUAAGCAGCUGUUCAAUGGGUUAAGGGAUUUGCCACAAUAUGGGCAGAAGCAGUGGCAGUCCUAUUUUGGAAGAACUUUUGAUGUUUACACCAAACUCUGGAAGUUCCAGCAGCAGCAUCGACAAGUCUUGGAUAAUCGGUAUGGCUUGAAGCGGUGGCAAAUAGGGGAAAUUGCUUCUAAGAUUGGGCAGCUAUACUACCAUUAUUACCUACGCACAUCUGAGACCAGCUAUCUGAAUGAGGCUUUCUCCUUCUAUUCUGCAAUCAGACAGAGAUCGUAUUAUUCUCAAGUCAAUAAAGAGGACAGGCCUGAGUUGGUGGUUAAGAAGCUACGAUACUAUGCAAGAUUUAUAGUCGUCUGUCUUCUUCUCAACAAAAUGGACGUCGUAAAGGAUCUGGUGAAGGAAUUGUCUGAUGAAAUUGAAGAUUAUACUCACCGCUUUAAUACUGAAGAUCAAGUGGAAUGGAACCUGGUGCUUCAAGAAGUGGCCGCUUUCAUCGAGGCGGACCCCGUCAUGGUACUGAAUGAUGACAACACCAUUGUCAUCACAUCUAAUCGCCUUGCCGAAACAGGAGCUCCACUGCUGGAACAGGGCAUGAUUGUGGGGCAGUUGUCCCUGGCCGACGCACUCAUUAUUGGUAAUUGUAACAACCAGGUUAAGUUCAGUGAGCUAACCGUGGACAUGUUCCGGAUGUUACAAGCCCUGGAAAGGGAGCCAAUGAAUUUAGCCUCCCAGAUGAACAAGCCAGGAAUGCAGGAAUCAGCUGACAAGCCGACCAGGCGGGAAAACCCCCACAAAUAUCUGCUCUACAAACCCACCUUCAGCCAACUAUACACAUUCUUAGCAGCAUCUUUUAAGGAGCUGCCUGCCAAUAGCGUGCUUCUGAUUUACCUGUCAGCCACUGGCGUUUUCCCCACAGGUCGUUCUGAUAGUGAAGGUCCAUAUGAUUUUGGAGGGGUACUUACUAAUAGUAACCGAGAUAUUAUAAACGGAGAUGCUAUCCACAAACGAAAUCAGUCCCACAAGGAAAUGCACUGCCUCCAUCCCGGAGACCUCUAUCCCUUCACAAGGAAGCCCCUGUUCAUCAUCGUGGAUUCAUCCAAUAGCGUUGCCUAUAAGAAUUUCACAAACUUAUUUGGACAGCCACUAGUCUGCUUGCUUUCUCCUACAGCAUAUCCAAAAGCUUUACAAGAUCAAUCUCAACGAGGUAGCCUCUUCACUCUCUUUUUGAACAAUCCUCUAAUGGCCUUCCUAUUUGUCUCUGGAUUGUCAAGCAUGCGUAGAGGCCUAUGGGAAAAGUGUCAAGAAUAUCUUCGAAAAAUCAACCGCGAUAUUGCCCAGCUACUGACCCAUUCACGUUCAAUAGAUCAGGCAUUCCUCCAGUUUUUUGGAGAUGAAUUUCUUCGCUUGCUUCUCACAAGAUUUGUCUUUUGCUCAGCCACCAUGAGGAUGCACAAGAUUUUUCGGGAAACACGAAAUUAUCCAGAAUCAUAUCCACAACUGCCAAGGGAUGAAACGGUGGAGAACCCUCAUCUCCAGAAGCACAUUUUGGAAUUGGCAUCCAUUCUGGAUGUUCGAAACGUGUUCUUUGAGAAUACCAUAGAUGACUAUUAAAAGAAAAAUCCUCUUGUCAAAACAAUUUUUCAUUUGCCACAGAUUUUAAAUGGUGCAGUUUUCUAAUGUGGUGACAGACACAUAGUGGUGUUACUUAGGUUUUAUUUUUUAAUUUAGGACCACCGUUUUAAAAAACACAGACUGAAAAAAUUGUUCACACUUUUAGGGUAACUGUUUUAAAAUACAGUCUUUCAGGUCUUUUAAAAAACUGAAUUACUCUUGGAAUUUUUAUUUUUUUGGUUUCGAGGUAUGGAUACUUACCUCCAACAUCUAAACUUACACUCAAAUAGUCACUAUUCUCGCCCUGAGAAGAGUAAAUUAUUUAUUUUUGUAUAAUGAGGAAAAUCAUACUCUUAAACUUGGACUUUUCAUGUGUGGAUUUGGAAAAUGUAAGUGUUCACAGAGAUGAAACUAGCCAGCAUGGACUACCAAAUGUCAAGAACAGUCCUGCCAUAAUAUUUCUUUUCAUUCCAAGUUAGUAGGUAGAAAAUGUGUGAUUCUUUGAAGUAUAAUCAAGACAGUUCUUGAAAUCAUUUAAUUCGUUUAAAUACUGUAAGAGUUUCAGAAACUGAGUUUCAAGAUUGAUUUUGCAUCGGAAUACUAAAUCUUUAAUUGGGGUCUUGAGAUGAUAAAUAUCAUUUGGAAUGUGUGAGUCCUGUGUUAUUAUGAGAUAUCUUCACAUAUUUUGUUUUCUUCGUAGCCUUUGAGUGCUAGAAAUUCAAAAGAACAACUUUUAAAUAUUUCUCUUAAAAAAUCAGAUUGUCGGUUUCCAGUAGGAAUUCUCUUUAAACUCUUAACUCAUGAGAUCAGCUUUAAAGACUGUCUAGGUUGAAGUCCAUGGCAUACAGUACAGAGUUUGGCAUCUUUUUGCCUAGUUGAAAUUUAUAAGACUUCAGAGUCAGAGAUAUUACUAAUUUUAGUUGGGGGGGUAACUGAAUAGUUAUUUAACCUAAAAUGGAAGUUCCUUUUGCAUUGACACUUUGGCAAUAAGAUUUUUUAAAACUUCUUGUAUUUAAUAUUUUAUAUUCAUGCACAAGUUUUUAUUUUAAUAGGACUCAGUGUAUAAUAUGAAUAUUUCUGUGUUUUUCUUCCCUGUCAUCCCUUUUAUAAUUUCACAGGCACUAGCUAUGAUUUUUCCCCCCUUCUUUUGACUCCACAGCAUUCAAGAAAGUUAUGAAUCAAAAGCCUUUCUACCUAAUUUUCUGUACAGGCUCACAUUCUACCUCUGGCAGUUCCAGGGGAAAUGAGGUGAUUGCUUGUGGUGCCUCUUUCCUAUGUCCCUAGGGAAAUUUUACUGUAAUAUUUUUGACUUGGUUUUCAUUUCUGGCAUAGAGAAUUAUUUGGGUCUGAGUUAUUCAUAUACCUGUUCCAAUUUGUUUAUUUUUCAUCCGAGGUCUUGAAGUUAUUGUUCUGGGUUUGGGGGAACUUUAUGUCGUUUUAUUGUUUUCGUUUGUUCUUUUAAACAUUAUUUCAGAAAGCUGUGGACAAGUUAUUCUGGAGAGAGGUUUCCUUUGCUAGCAGGUUGUUUUUUAUUGUCAGAUAAAAGCUGCUCUCCUUUAUUUUCAGUCCCUUAAUAUACUUCAGAGCUUCCCUUUCAUCUCACUGUUCACCUAGACUACAGCAAUAGACUAGUCUUAGUUGUCUGACCUUUUAUUUCAAUUCUCCUAAAGUUCUGUGCCAGGAAUGUUUCUAAAAACAUACUUUCCUGUUCUCUGAUGCUUAAAAUAAUAUUUUAUAUCCUGAGCUUUAUCCUUGCCUGUUUAGCAUAAAGAACACUGGUCUGAGAAAGAGGAGGCCUGAGUUCUAAUCCUGGCUUUCCUAGUAAGUAGCUUUAUGCCCUUGACAGGUGUCUUCAUAUCUCUACUUUUUAGCAUUCUCAUCUGUAAAAUGGAGGUAUUGACCCAAGGGGGCCUAUGUAACUUUAUGGUUCUGUAAUUUGAACUCGUGGUUCCAAAAGACAUUGAUUUCCCCACCCCUGCCACCUGGACUAGUUUUCUUGAUUUUAGUGUACAUAACAUUUUUCUUUUCUACAUCGUAAUUUACAUAGUUUUGUUUCAAGAAAAUAGCUGCAUCCCACUUAGUUGUUGGAGAAACUAGUGCAGAGAGAGAAUCUCCUGACAUAUUAGAGCUUUUGUGAUUAGAAACGAAUUUAUUGAAGAACAAGGUGUCUUAGAACUCACAACUGGGGCACAGAUGAUGGCAUUGCACCUUAAGCUAAUAGUAGUAUAAGUCUUUCCUGAUAGUUGAAAAUCUAAAGUGAACUGAAAUGAUCCAGAGAGGAAAACUACUAGAUAAUUCUAAAGUAUCGUUUUAUUCAUGCCUUCAAAAAAUAUGUGUAUUGAGAAAACAACUAUACUCUAGAUUUUGUUCUAGGCAUUGGGGAAGCAAACAAAGUAGAUUAAAAAUUCUCAUCUUUAUGAAACUUCCAUUAUAGUAAAAGGAGUCAGGCAAUAACCGUAAUAAGUAAAUUUAUGUUAGAAAGUUAUAAGUAGUAUGAAGAAAAAGUUAGAGCAUACAUAGUAAGGGAAAUUUUUUGUUUAUUUUGGGGCAAAGAGCAAUGUUUAAAUGAGUGAUCAGGGUAGGCCUCACUGAGGUUCCAUUUGAGCAAAUACUUCAUAUUUCUUUGUCUUUAGUUUUUGUUUUUUUUUUACUUUUUUUGAAAGUUUUAAACAUACACAGAGUUUAACGAACCAACCCACUACCCAGCUUCUACAUUUUAAGGCAUUAUUUUAAUCAAGGAAGAAGAAACGUAGAACAAUCACCCCAUGGGCUUAAGAUGGCAAUGGCAAAGACUCAUUUUCUCAAUGCAUACUGUUCCCUUUUAUAAAUAUAAAACUGCUAGGCGCUUUAUUUAUUUUUAGAAUUCACAGAAAUUUAAAUAUUGGAAUUAAGAACAAAGCAAAGCAAUGAAAAAGGGCAUUUCUUUCUUUUCAAAUUGCACAAACUUCCCCUGGAGAUUCUGAUACAGUCUCUCACCUCCCUUAAGAAUCACUCUAAACAAAAUAGAAAGUAUAAGACAGCAAGAAGUCAGUAAUACACAAAACAAUUAAGCACAAUGGAAUUAUUUUUUCUUUCUUUAUCCGUGUAUUUCUGAAGUUGGGAAAGCAACUGUCGUCUCUAUUUUAUAGAAGAGAAAUCUGAGACACGCCUCCAAACUGUCAGUUUAUUCGUAGUGAUAGAGCUAGAACUAAAACUCAAAUCUCCUGAUCUCAGUCCAGUCUUUCUGGUUGCUCAGGUUGCCUUCUAUAAUGAACAAGACAGAAAUAAUUAGAGAUUUAUAUUUUGGCACAAAGGUUAUGGUAUUUUUAAUAUAUCAGAUAUUGAAACCAGUAAAUCAGUCAUCCCUAGGAAAUGUUUAUUUAUUAGUUAUAAAAAAUCCACAAGUUAGAUAUUUUAUCUUUGGUUUUAGCCAAGAUAUAUUCUGUGCGUGCGUGCGUGCGUGCGUGUGUGUGUGUGUGUUUUCCUCCUAGGAAGUGGUGCUCUCGAAACCUCUCAAAGCACAUAGAAUUUAUUGUACCCUUUAUAUUUUUACAUAGUUGAAAUGUUUUGAGAUAAUAAAAGGAAAGUGCAAUCUAGUCAUGACAAAUUUUCCUGAUCUAGGAUCUGGGUUUUAUUUUUCCACACUUGUGGCCACUGCCCUUCAUUUUCCUUUUGCAGUAGAAUUCCAUGAAACAGAUUAGGUGGUGAUUGAACCUGAACUUCAUCGAGGGUAAAAGGAAAAGCAACAGAUUUGGUUUUUUUCUUUAUCAAUUAUGGAACUUUCUGUAGCAUUCUCCAAAUUUAGUCUCUGACCUGUGCGACUUAGUAACUUUCUGUCUCUUAGAAGGGGUUUGGACUCAGUCGAAACUCUUGUACUUAGUUAUCCAUGGAGACUUGUAAUCAGCCUGAUAUACGGAGAACAUUCUAGACUGGAAAUAUAGUAAGGUACCAAGGUCUGCAAACUUGGCUACAGCUAGUGAUUUAGAACCACCUCCCCACACUGAGUGAGUAAAAAGAUUUGAUAUAUGAAUGGUAUGAAUCUCCUGGUAAUAUUUUGGGCAUAUAUUUGAUCCUGUGUGUGUGUUUGGAGAGCAUAAAGUAUAUUUACAUUGAGGGCUCUUUUGUUGACUUUAUUUAUUUGAAAUUCUUAUUUUAUUUUUAAUGGCAUGUGUAUAUUUUUAUGAUGCUAAAUGCAAUCUCUGUGUAUACUUUUUGUACAUAUGUACAUAUUUGUAAAUAUGUUGGUAUGCAGUGAUACAGUAUGUGUAUAUUAUAUACCCAUACCCAUUGUGGGCUGAAUUUAUUUAAGUUCUGUGAGGACAUCAUAGUGGCAUUGUUCGUGCUGCUGUAAUUAGGUUGUGGCUGUAUCUCAUUCAUGAGCCUCUAUUUUGAGGGGCUCAUGUUUGGGAAAAAUGGACUAAUUUGGAGUUGAAAUUAGGGAUACAAAGAUCUUAACAGAAAGCUGGAUAUUCUUAGCUUUAAACUCAUCUGCCAAUUUGCAUUUAAAUUGAUAAUAAAUUAGUGAUAUAAACCUAAAAAAAACCUAAGAAUGUGAAACUGAGACACCAGCAGGUUCUUAAGAUGUAUUAGUCCUUUAUUUUCUUGAUCCAUAGUUGAAUAUUAUUACUGAGUAGUAUUUAUAUUGAGAAUCAAGGGGCUGUAGAAAAAAUUACUUUGAUCACAUUUCAAAAUAGAUAGGAAAAUUGUCCUUUAAAUAGAGACUAUAUUCUUAGUUGCCAUUUCAAUACCUGAUACUGAAUUUUAAUUUUGGAACAAAUUUUUUUUUUUCACCGAUGUGUCUCAUUUUAUAUCUGUCUCUGUGAGGCAGAAAGAAGGGGCAUUAGCUAGGAGAAGGCUUUACCUAGAUGGGGUGGCGUUUCCUGAGAAACAGGAGGUUGUUAAUCUGUAUAUUUGCAGCAGCUCUGAUCAAUUUAGUCUUGUCUUGGCAUUUCCGACUAUAGAUUUUUCUUAUUGGAGUUGCAUAUCAAAGAUGAGUGUGUUCAUCUGAGAAAAUGCUUCCAGUGAAUAAAAUGCCUUCAGUUGUAUUUCUUUGUCUCUAUGAGACCACUUAUGUUCUGCAAAUUGAUGAUAUAUUCACACAUGAGGUAGGACUCUUAACAUUUUAGGUGUAUGAUGUGCUAUGAAAUCUGGGCCUUCAAACCUCUACCAAAGAUGACAGGUGGGGGAGGGUAAGAGGACAGUAAUUAUGUGCAGUGCAAAUUUGUAGACUGAUGAAAUAUCACAGAGUAUCGGUGUUCAGUUACUCCUGUCUUCACUGGGCAUGUUUAUUUGCAUGGAAACGUGUAGAAAGUGUUUAAUAUACACUUGAAUACAUUCACCGCAGAAAUUAAGUAGAGAUUAUUUUGGCAUGAUAAAAUUUGACUGCAAAGCGACUGUUUACCCAUUAUUCUUCAGAAGAUUAAAUCUAGCUGAUCGAACAUUCAAUUAUCUUAGAGAAGUUAGAGUCAAGAGUCAGUUUUACCACCCCCAAAAUAUUACAUUUGCCUCAUCAUUGUAUUUUUAAUAAAACAGCCACCUAUUCAUAAUACUUCUCAAUUACAGUAUUAAAUUUAAAAUGAACUUAUAAAUAUUAAAAUUUGAUAAUAUACCAUUUCUGAAAAAUCAGUGAAAACGUUCAAAGUGUUGUUCUGUUUUAGUAACCAAAUCAUUUAUCGCAAGUGGAGAGUAGCAGAACAGAUGUUAUGCUAUUUAAAAUUCAUGGACCUGACUCAGGCUCAGUGUGGACACUGAUUCUAGGAGAGCACCAGCAAUAAGUGGAGUAGAUGACAUUCACGUUGUGGUUAUGACCUCUGACUCUAACAGUUGUAAAGCCAGUUACUUUGCAGUUAAAUAAGGUAAGAAUUUCUUAGAAAACCAAGCACUUUCCCCCUAUUCUUCUGUACUCUUAUUAGACAUUUGUACCUACUCGUGCUGUAUCUCCCAUUCUUUCCUGGAUACUGACCACUUAAAAAAAUCUUUUCCAAAGGCAGUUUGUCUUCCUUGAUCUAGAAUUUCAAAACAUAAUAUUACACUAUUUCCCAGCUUCACUGAGUUUUCGAACACAGACUUCUCAAGCAUGCCUUGUGUUUAAGGAAAAAUAAUUGAUGGGUGAAUGGAAUCAAUCACCUAUUGAAGAGAAGGGUGUCAGAAAGAUGAUGUAGGGGGCAUGCCCUUAAUUGGGUAAAGAUAAAUAUAUUAAUAUAACUAAUUUGUUGACGCCAUAGAAAUAUUCAGAACUCUGUAGAUAUGAAAUGUUUUCUUAAGCUAAAAUUGGUGUUUUUCACUUAUUAGUUUGGUAUAAUACUUUUGAGAAGAAUUCCAUUUCCGCAUAAUGCUGUAACUUAAUCACUGAAGCACCAUUUCUUAAUUUGAAAAUAUUUUUAUUUGUUUUUUAAAGUUAUUUUUUAAAUUAGUUAUCAAACUAAGCAAUAUUUAACAGUAGAUCAGAGUUUUUUAGUAGUUUGAAAUAUAUUAAUUCCGUACUCGAGUCACUUAAUCAUACAGCCUGAAUUUGGUCCUAGAACAGAAUGUAAAUUGGGAAUAUUUUCCUAUUUUAGUGGACAAUUCCAAUCUAUAUUCUAAGACAAUCAUCUUUUUAGGUAUAUAUUGUUUGUCGAGACAUUGGUAAUUGCAGGGUUCAGAUUAUUAGUUUCUGAUAGGCUUAUGGAAUGGAAGUUAAUAGACUGAGUGAUUGUAUCACUUUCAGAAUGAAAUAUGGGGAAUUCUAGUUAGCCUUCCUAUAGGUCUGCAGUAAAAAUAUUUAAUAUUUUAUGUUGUAUUACUAGAAUUUUCUCUUUCGAAGCCCUUGUGAAUGUCUACUUGUCAACAAUUGAAAAUUAAGAUUAGUAACGUUACAAUAUGACCCAUAAGUUUUCUCAGACAUCAAAUCAGUGUGAUCAACCAUUGUAAAAUGUGAAAUGAUCAUAUAUAGUCAUUUAUGAUCAUAUAAUUCUUAAAUUGGAUUAUUUCCAAACCAUAGAGAAAUAACUACUGUAUUUUUCAAAAUCUUAUUCCUACCCUCUGCAUGUUACUAAUUUUUUUCUAAAUUAUAAAUAUAUGUUGUGUUAUAUUAAAAACCUACAAGAAAAUUGCUUUAAAUGUUUUAGGGCAAUAAGAAUUUUUAUUACAAUUUCUUGAAGAAUAAGGUUUUUUUAAAACUUAUUUUUUAUUAAAAAGAACUUUUAAUGGUUCAGUAAAAUAUUUUAGGACUUUGUGUUCAUGGCUUUUAUAGUUAUCUGGAUACAUUCUUUUCGUCAUAUAGACCGUAUGGCUAGUUCUCCAGCUUUUUGUUUUUAACAAACCUUGCUGUUCAACAAUCAGAGAGUCUUAUAUUUUGGAGGCUUCUUCUAGUUGAGGUAGAAAGGUCUUAGAUAUUAGGAAAGGCAGGUACAAUAUUCUAACAUUUUAAUAGUAGAGCUUACAAGUAAAGGAGUUUAUCCAAAUAGAUUAUCUUCAGUGUGUAGCAUCAGUACAAAUAUUGGUUUCAUUAAUCAUCGAAUCUGAUGAAGCAGUUGUAAAUCAUCUCUUACUUGGCUCUAAAGGUUAUUAUCAUUUCAGGCCACAUUAUUUUCUCUGAGCAGUUUCCAUUGUAAGGUUGAAUAUCCUUUUUCUUCAUCACUAAAGAUUAAGAUAAUCAAAUAGUUCAAAUAAAUUAUGUUUGAUCUUUUUUCCCUGAAAAUAAUAUUAAACCCUAUUGUCUAUAUUAUGGCUAUUAGGCAGAAAUGCCCUUGUUUCAAUCAUAGCAGAAGUUACAUUUGGAGAAUAUAAUUACUUGAUUUUCUUGAUUUUCUAGUGGUGUGAAAUACUUUUUAAAAAUUGUGCUUGUCUGUAACUGAAAUGUUAUAGAAUUGUAACACUAUAGGGAUUAUAGAGUUAUAUUUAUUAGCUCUCCUCAAGAGAUCGAAGCACAAUAAUUUUCAUGUAACAGUUCUUAUCCAAGUGCUGCUAAUCUGUCGUGCAAAUAAUGAAGCUAUUUGGUUGCCUAUCUAGCUAUUCACAAAUCACUGUAAUCAUUGAAACUUAGUCUUGUUGCUCAUUUGUAUUAAAUUUUGGGUAUUGUGGGUUAAUACUUUAGAACAAAAUCUAUCAAUUCAACUCUGAGACAGCAAACCAUUUGAAUUCAUUAGUUUUAUGUGUAUUAUCAGUAGAAUAAAUUUUGAAGGGGCUAUUCACUACCAAUGACUAAGGGGGAAAAUUAUAUUGUCAAUCUCUUUUGACUUGAAUGUCUGUGGUAUUGUAAAAGUCUUGUUGUGUUUCUAAAUUGCUUUAGCCAUACAUACUCUUAAGGAGGUUUUUCUGUUAACGUUCUUUUUCAGCAACCUCUUUGUUUUGUCUGUUAUGGUUAAUACUUCAUAGAUUUUAGAAAUCGAGAGGUUAUUGAAACAUUUUAUUUUCUUGAGUUCAUCACUUUUGACUCUUGUAUAUGUGAUUUGUCAUAAAGGAUAGCAAGCCUUUCACGAACUACUUCACUAAAUGAAUUUGAGUAAACACUGUGAUUCUACAGAGCAGAUUCAGUAGGCCCCUGUCUUUCCAAUGUUUUCUUCUGUUUUAUGGUGCCUACCACCUUGAGGGCGCUUAAAUACUAGAGGAUGGAAAGUUAAACAUUGUCGUUUUGAUGUUUAUUGAAUAACCAGAUUACAGAAUAUUUGAUUUUUGUCGUCAGUGUAUUGAAAGCAUUUUUGCAUUGACAAAUGUUCUCUAGGAAUGUGACUACAUUCAUCAGGUGUGAACUCUUGUAAAUGAAUUUUGUAUCUUGAAUUCACGUAUAUAUUAAGUGUAUCAUCAAUAUAAAAAUAAAUAUUAUUUGCUUAAA